AUGGCUGUCGUUGCAGCUGGAUUCGGCAUAGCCAAUUACCUCAAUGAAGUUCAAGCCCAACAAGCUCGUUACCAACUCCAAGAGGAAGAGCGGAUCCGACACAAUCAAAAGCUGAUGGAUGCGUACGGAGACAAAGGCAGUCUGCACGAUGUCCAGCAUGCGUCGGAGGUUUACGAGAUCAAAUAA